AAGGGGAGGAGUAAGGAGAGGAGGAAAGUGGAGCCCCGCGGGCUGGAGGGAGGAAGAAAAGGGAAGGGGCGGAGGCAACGGGCACAGUGUACCGGCGCGCGGGGGAGCCUCAGCCCGCGGUGCGUCCCGGAGCCGGAGUCCUCCCUGCACAGAGCCGCCCGCCGGGACCGCCCCGAGCGGCGACACCCCGGGCGUCCCGGCCGGGGAGCCGGCGCAGCGGCGGCCCCGGGACUCGGCGGCAAGCGCUGCGGGAGGGAUGGUGGCGGCGGGGCGCGAGCCAGCGCAGCCGCCCCCGCCUCCCGCAAGGCCGCGGCCCCCGGCCCCCCGCCCCCGCGCCCCGGCCGCACGCCCCCGCGGAGUCCGCCGCCCGCGCCGCAGCUGAGCCGGGCGCCCCACCAUGCCGCGGGCCCCCGCGCCCCUGUACGCCUGCCUCCUCGGGCUCUGCGCGCUCGUGCCCCGGCUCCCAGGUCUCAACAUAUGCACUAGUGGAAGUGCCACCUCGUGUGAAGAAUGUCUGCUCAUCCACCCAAAAUGUGCCUGGUGCUCCAAAGAGGACUUUGGCAGCCUGCGGUCGGUCACCUCCCGGUGCGACUUGAAGGCAAACCUGGUCAGGAACGGCUGUGGCGGCGAGUUUGAGAGUCCGGUCAGCAGCACCCAGGUCCUGCGGAGCCUGCCUCUCAGCAGCAAGGGCUCCAGCCCCGCAGGGUCAGACGUCAUCCAGAUGACGCCGCAGGAGGUCACGGUGAACCUGCGGCCCGGUGACAAGACUACCUUCCAGCUGCAGGUUCGACAGGUGGAGGAUUAUCCAGUGGACCUGUACUACCUGAUGGACCUCUCUCUGUCCAUGAAGGAUGACUUGGACAACAUUCGGAGCCUGGGCACCAAGCUUGCCGAGGAGAUGAGGAAGCUCACCAGCAACUUCCGCUUGGGGUUUGGGUCUUUUGUAGACAAGAACAUCUCUCCUUUCUCCUACACAGCGCCAAGGUACCAGACCAACCCGUGCAUUGGUUACAAGCUGUUCCCAAACUGUGUCCCCUCCUUUGGGUUCCGCCACCUGCUGCCUCUCACAGACAGAGUGGACAGCUUCAACGAGGAAGUUCGGAAGCAGAGGGUGUCCCGGAACCGCGACGCCCCCGAGGGCGGCUUUGACGCAGUGCUCCAGGCGGCUGUCUGCAAGGAGAAGAUCGGCUGGCGAAAGGACGCGCUGCACUUGCUGGUGUUCACAACGGACGACGUGCCCCACAUCGCGCUGGACGGAAAGCUGGGGGGCCUGGUGCAGCCUCACGACGGCCAGUGCCACCUGAAUGAGGCCAACGAGUACACUGCCUCCAACCAGAUGGACUAUCCAUCCCUUGCCUUGCUUGGAGAGAAGUUGGCAGAAAACAACAUCAACCUCAUCUUUGCAGUGACGAAGAACCAUUAUAUGCUCUACAAGAAUUUUACAGCCCUGAUACCUGGAACGACGGUGGAGAUAUUACACGGAGACUCCAAAAAUAUAAUUCAACUGAUUAUCAAUGCAUACAACAGCAUCCGGUCUAAAGUGGAGCUGUCUGUCUGGGAUCAGCCUGAGGAUAUUAAUCUCUUCUUCACUGCUACCUGCCAGGACGGUGUAUCUUACCCUGGUCAGAGGAAGUGUGAAGGCCUGAAGAUCGGGGACACAGCGUCUUUUGAGGUGUCGGUGGAGGCCCGGAGCUGCCCGGGCAAACAUGCGCAGCACAUGUUCACCCUGCGGCCCGUGGGAUUCCGGGACAGCCUGGAGGUGGGGGUCACCUACAACUGCAGGUGCAGCUGCAGUGCAGGGCUGGAGCCGGACAGCGCCAGGUGCAGCGGCAAUGGGACUUACGUCUGCGGCCUGUGUGAGUGCAACCCCAGCUACCUGGGCACCAGGUGCGAGUGCCAGGAAGGGGAGAGCCAGAGCGGGUACCAGAACUUGUGCCGAGAAGCGGAGGGCAAGCCCCUGUGCAGCGGACGCGGGCAGUGCAGCUGCAACCAGUGCUCCUGCUUCGAGAGCGAGUUUGGGAAGAUCUAUGGGCCCUUCUGCGAGUGCGACAACUUCUCCUGCGCCAGGAACAAAGGAGUCCUCUGCUCAGGCCACGGCGACUGUCACUGCGGAGAAUGCAAGUGCCACGCAGGUUACAUCGGGGACAACUGUAACUGCUCGACAGACAUCAGUACGUGCCAGGCCCGGGAUGGCCAGAUCUGCAGUGACCGCGGGCACUGUGUCUGUGGGCAGUGCCAGUGCACGGAGCCAGGGGCCUUUGGGGAGACAUGUGAGAAGUGCCCGACCUGCCUGGAUGCUUGCAGCACCAAGAGAGAUUGUGUUGAGUGCUUGCUGCUUCACUCAGGGAGCUCAGUUGACAACCAGACCUGCCAAAACCUGUGCAAGGAUGAGGUGAUCACACAGGUGGACACCAUCGUGAAAGAUGACCAGGAGGCUGUGCUUUGUUUCUACAAAACUGCCAAGGAUUGUGUGAUGAUGUUCACCUAUGCAGAGCUCCCCAGUGGGAAGUCCAACCUGACAGUCCUCAGGGAGCCAGAGUGUGGAGCGGCCCCCAAUGCCACGACCAUCCUCCUGGCCGUGGUCGGCAGCAUCAUCCUGAUUGGGCUUGCGCUCCUGGCCAUCUGGAAGCUGCUUGUCACCAUCCACGACCGGAGAGAGUUUGCAAAGUUCCAGAGCGAGCGAUCCAGGGCCCGCUAUGAAAUGGCUUCAAACCCUCUGUACAGAAAGCCCAUCUCCACACACACCGUGGAUUUCACCUUCAACAAGUUCAACAAAUCCUACAAUGGCACAGUGGACUGAUGGCUCCUUCCCCUCAGAGGGCUGGAGGGGCAAGCAGUCAAGCCAGAGACUGACACGCUUUGGACAGCUGCUUGGCUUGAGCGCGGUUCCCUGCACGGCCAAGCACAGAGACCUUCCGGUGAGCCUGGGCGAGGAGCCCACCCACACAGGAAGGUGCCCGGCCGUGCCACCUGGCCACCCCUCCAAGCCCGGCGACGGUGCUCUCGGCUUUCCUCAGCACAUCCAGCUUGUCGUCUCAAUGAACUGCUAAGAUGCAGGCCGCCUCUCCCUUCCGGGAGGGCUGGGCCUCCAGUCUGGCCAGAUGAGAAGGCUCUUGGGAGUGUCAGAGUGAGUAAAACCCACACAGUCUGCCUUUGCUCCUGUUGAUCAUUUUUAAAUGAAAUAAAAUGAUCGUGCAUUUAUGGUAUAGUUCCGAUUCCUGAGAAUUACCUACCUGGUGUCUCUGCCUUGCACAUGGGUGUUGGUGAUGGGAUUACUGAGACGCCUGUUGAAGGCACAUAGUUUGCAGAUGUCAGCUUUCUUCCCCUGUCUGUGUUUUUGUUUAGUACUUUUGUAACAAAAAGGAAAGAGAUUGUUUGGGAUUGAAAGUAAAGAUUAAAACCAAAAGAUUUUGUGUUUGCCUGA